ACAGGCAGAUUAAAGACGGUCACUCUGCUGCAAUGGCAAAGGUAUUAGCCUGCAUAGCUAUAGUAAUUCUUCUGACAAUCCCAGAAGAUUUCUGUGUGGAAAUCAUUGGAGGGAAAGAAGUGGCAGAACAUUCAAGACCUUACAUGGCACUUAUACAAGGAAAGACUCUAUGUGGAGGGGUUCUGAUCAAAACUAAAUGGGUUCUAACUGCAGCACACUGCUGCUCUGGCAAAAAAAUGAAGGUAGUCCUUGGAGCUCACUCGCGCUCAAAACCUGAGAAAGAGAAAAAGGAAUUUACUGUCACUCAAGCAGUGACUCAUCCCCGUUUUGAUAAUAAAACUUUAGUAAAUGACCUCAUGCUUUUGCAGCUGAAGGAAACAGUUAAACCUAACAAGUCCAUCUCCACACUGAAUGUGCCUGAACAAUUCCAUGAUGUCAAAUCAGGGAGCAAUUGCACAAUAGCUGGUUGGGGAACCACUAGCAACAGAGACAACCAAGGCUCAGAUGUCCUGAUGGAAGUCGAUGUUGUAGCCAUCGAUAGAAAGAAAUGCAAUGGGAAAAACUACUUUAACUUGAAUCCUGUAAUUACCGAAGACAUGCUCUGUGCUGGUGGUCAGAGAGGAAAAAAAGAUUCUUGUAAGGGUGAUUCCGGAGGUCCUCUCAUCUGUAAUAACAAAUUUGUAGCUGUUGCUUCAUUUGGUUAUAAAGGUCAAUGUGGCAAGAAGCCUGGAGUAUAUACUUUGCUGACCCAGAAAUAUAUCCAGUGGAUUCGAAAUGUAACAGGGAGAGACGCAUAAAAAGCAGCAGUUUAUUUAGGUGAAACCAAUAUGUAUGGUCAAUGCAUUUUGUGAUUUUUUUUUCUGUAAACUUCAGAAUGAUAUCUUUUACAAGGUAGUUAUUGAACAGCAUUUUUCCUUAUUAAGCAGAAAAUAUGCAGAACUGUGAUAAAUUCUUAGUCAAUUUGAAAACAGUCUCAAAAUUAAUCUUAGAAUUUCUUAAUAUAUCUGCAUAAU